AUGGCUGAGUUCCAACAUCCAGUUCAACCGGGCUACUUCACCCAAAAACAAGUCGAUACCCACGAGGUCGGCUUUGUUCCCUACUGGGCUCGCAGCCACGUCCAAUACGCCCAGAAUCUACUGGAGUGUUCAGACGAACCUAUCGAAUACGAUCACGAGGACGAAGACUAUCAGGACAACUGCUUCUUCUUCCCGGAGGAUUGUUCCUGGUCCCCGCCUAAAGACUGGGCUAUUGACGAUAACCCCGAAACUGAAACCGAUAGUACUACUGAAGGCAGUCGUACUGAAUCUGACUACGAAACUGAGAACGACAUCUACAUCUACGACGACGACAUGAUUCCCGGUCUACCUGACAUCAAGAUGCUCGAUGCAGAGGCGUUGAGCGAUCUGCUCGAGGAUAACCUCUCCCCGCCAGAAAUCACCUCUAUGAUGGUUUUUGCAACAAAUGGUGCCGUCUUUGCCCACGCAUCUUCUUUCCCAUCUCGCCAAUUGCGCAACCUGAGCGCAACUUACGGCGCUGCCUACACCUGCUAUGCCAAAACUGUGUCCAGCGGCAACCUCACCGGUGUGAACCCGGCUAGUCAUCCAUCUUCCUAUAUUACCGCACAAUCUGUGUCGCUGGGCGAUGUGGGCUCUAUCGUCUUCGAACUCGAUGACUCGGUUGCUGUCGUCACUCGUAUCGCGGACAAGGUUCUCUUAGCAGCUAUCGGACCAUCGAAAUUGCCGCAACCACAAAAUGACGAUAUUAAUGACGAUGGACUCAUUAGAAACAGGUCAUCAAACAAUCUCCACACCGCGGAUACCGCUACACCAGACAUUAACAACAACACCACUACAAACGCGGACGCCCUAACCGUCAACCUCGAAACACAAUAUCAAAUUGACCGCAGUUCUGACCUUGCCCGUCUCGAAAGCCUGAACCUCUCUGCUUCCCCUGCUAUCCUGUUGGCACUGGAGUCGAAAUCUGCUGCAUUGGGGAAAUUCUUAGGUCAGAAGUUGGCAGAUUUGGAGAGUCCGGAUGAUUUUUAG